GCCAUGGCUUUACCUCGACAAAAUUUUCAUGCAGAAUCAGAAGCUACUCUCAAUAAAUUAAUUAAUCUUACCCUAAACUACGAAUACGUCUAUAUGGCAAUGGCUUUCUAUUUUAAUCGUGAUGACAUCAACCUACCCAACAUGACCAAAUUUUUCAAACAUUGCGCUUGCGAAAAGAGAGAAACUCUGGAAAAACUGCUAAGUUUGCAAAAUACUCGCGGUGGACGUAUCGUCCUUAUGGAUAUUACCAAACCGGAGAAAUCAGAAUUUGGCUCAUGUGUAGACUCGAUGAAACAUGCUCUGGAUCUAGAAAAGAAAUACAAUCAAGCCGCUCUCGAUUUUCAUGUCAUCACCGACUCUCACUCCGAUCCACAAUUAAGUGAUUGGAUCGAAUCCCAUUUACUGAGCGAAUCAGUUGGAAUAAUUAAAACUCUCUCUGAUCAUAUCGGUCAAUUAACUAGAGUUGGGAACGGUCUUGGAGAAUAUCAAUUUGAUGUACACACACUAUCCAACUAA